AUGUUUGCAUUGAUAUCAAUAAUCUUGGUUAUAUUUCAUACAAAGUUAAUUAUAGGAAUAAAUAAUAAAAAUAAAAUAUGUACAUGUGAUUUUACUGAUAGAUUAAAUUUUAUACCCCAACAGAGAACAAAAAUUUUAUGCGAUCUGAAACCAAAACAUGGGGAUGAAGUUAAAGUAAUUGCUAAUGAGAAUUAUGAAGUAAGUUGUUUUAACAAUUCAACAGUAUAUUGUCCUUCAAAAGGUUAUUUUCUAAGUAAUUCUAUUAUAACAAAACAUUCUCCAAAGUUAAAAUAUUCAAAAACAAAAAUGGUUCUGAGUGGGAGAAAUGUUUCAGUCUAUCACUUGAUUAUUGAUGAAAACGCAUCUGACAUACUGUUUUAUUGUUAUGUAAAACCAAAUCAAGUUUCCGAACUUUUACAUGGGGUUGUAAAAAUUGAUUUAAAAAGAGAAAUUAGUGAAGAAUAUUCUAAACCUUUAGAAGAUGGAACUCAUGUUUGUGAUUAUUCAAAAGGAAAUCUAAAUAUAUAUCCAUCAUCUGGAUUUUAUUAUAAAAAUUCUAGAUCAGUUAAUUGUAUAUACAGAGUUAUACCCAAUAAAUUAUUUUUAAUUAAACUACCAAAAUUGGAUAUAGUUACUGAAAGUUUCUUACCAAGUAUUGUAAAUUGUUUAUCUGAACAUGCCUUUAUUAAUUUUACAUUAAAACAUGUAGAAGAAUCAGAAGAUUCUGUUACUUUUCAUAUUACAUUUGGUGAAUUUACAAGAUCUUUUAAUUUAUCUUGUUCAAUGGAUUUAUCAGAAUAUAAUAUUGAGCCAUGUGCUGUGGGAAAAAAAGGAAAUGUCACCUUUUUUUUUAAUGUGUAA